AUGUUCGAGGACUUCGUGUUUGAUGUGGCACCAUCGCAUCUCUCGCUCCGCCGGCCGCUCGGGAGCCCUCUCACCAGUGCAUCUACGGGAGGCCGUCGACACACGGAGACUACCUCAUAUUCACCACCACACCCAUCUCAAGAGCCUACUCAGGCGCCCGUUGACACACAGGUUCAUCCUUCGGCGCCUGAGGUGGCGACUCCCGACGAGGUAGAGUUCGAGAUACCAGACCUAACUCAGCCUGAGGUUCUGAGUGUGCCAGCGGGACCAGAUCCCAAGAAGAAGCACGUUCUAGUCAAGGGAGCACGUGCCAGGCAAAGAGAUGAUGAUCAUGGCUUGGAGCGCCCGGUUAUUAAGAGGAAAAAAGGCGAUGGAGAUGAUGACGAGGGCAGUGGGGAUGGUAUGAGCCUUCGGCCUAGGGAUAGUCUCCGACAUACUACAUGUGGGACCCAUCCUCGAUAGUGUAUAUACAUUAGUGUUGUAAAAUUUAUCGUAAAUAACAUAU